AUGGAUUCCGAAGAAGAAGAAGAAGAAGAAGAGGGCAGCAAUUCCAACAGUGGGUUCGACUGCAACAUCUGUCUCGAUUCCGUACAAGAUCCCGUCGUCACGCUCUGCGGUCACCUCUACUGCUGGCCCUGCAUUUACCGAUGGCUUAACUGCCGUGGCGGCGGCGGCGACAUCGACGGCGACGACGUUGACGAGGAAGAGUAUGACAAGCCGUCGCAUCGGCAGUGCCCCGUUUGCAAGUUCGAAAUUACCGAAUCCGCCCUCGUCCCUCUCUUCGGCCGCGGCCAGGCCGGCGAUGACGUGCGGCCGCUGCCGCAACGGGUCCGCAGCCCUCGCGAUCCUUCUCCUCAUCGGCCGCCCCCGCGGCUGCGUCGGGGAUACUACGAGCAGCGGCCGCCGCCGAUGAUGGGAGGUGGGGCGGCGGGUCUGAAUUUGGAUUUAUCGGGUCGGGUGCCGAUCCCGGUGGUGGGGAUGCUGGGGGAGAUCGUUUUCUCCGGCGGGUUCGGGAACGGGAUCUACGGAUACCAGAACACGGCGGCGCCGGUGGCCGGCGGCGGCAGCCCUCGGGUCCGGAGGCAAUUGAUGGAAGCGGACAGGUCACUGAGCAGAGUGUGUUUCUUCCUCUUCUGUUGCCUUUUCAUGUGUAUCCUUCUGUUCUAA